AUGUUUUCGGCUGUAACCAAAAACGAAAACCGAACUAAACACAGGAAUGAUGGAAAAAGCAGAGGAACAUUAAUGCAGACAUUACAGGAAAAUGCUGAUAAAGAUAAGUUCCAAAAUGUGCAUUAUUGCUUCACUUGGCUGGAUUAUUUUCGAGUAGAAAACUGUGGAAAACUCCUGUACGACUACUUAAUGUCUGUAGGAAACCGUACUGAAAGCCCUGAGCUUCUCAAAGAAGUGACUAAAUGCUUCCAAGACUCCUUGGCAAUGUGUUCAAAUGGGGUUAUUGAGGAAUUAAUACAGCUUUUGGUUCUUAUGGUAGACGGAAGAACAAUUUUUGAAUUUCCUGAAACAGUAUAUCCUACAGAUAGGCCUACCCCAAGUGUACCAGACAUUACGACAGAAAGUUCUUGUGAAGCCGGUGAAUUAGAGUCCUGGGCAGGAGGUAUAAAAAAGUGUACAACGAAGCAGUCCGGGUCGAAAACUUCGUUAUCCAGUGCUAUGGAUAUUCUUCAUCGUUGUGUCGUUGUAAGUGAAUCACUAAAUUGUCGAUAUCACAAAUUUACCCAGUUCCAGACUGUAGCAAUAAAUAUCCUUGAAAUCAUUCGCGAAAGUGCAAAGGAUGAAAGUGACUCCAAAGCUAUGAAAUGUUUAUCGAAGCUUGUCUACAAGGAGUUAAGAGAUUGUAUUGUUCAAUUCUACUUAUUUUUUGUGGAAUUACAUAAGCAAAAUUCGCCAAUACUUCUUGAACGUGAAUUUCAUAAAGUCAAACUGUGCUUGCAUAUUGUGUUGAAACAAUGCUCGUACGAAAUUAUUGAUUCAUUUCUUAAGAUAUGGGGCGUCAUUAUUGGAAUAGUAGUUCCUCCUGUUAUUCCUCCAAAUAUGGUAACCAUAUUUACAAUUCCUGACGGCGGUGUUAUCUGUGAAACCCUUAGCAUUACGCCGCCAAAUAUUAUCGUGACAGACGAGUUUCCAAUAGGUUCAACAACUAGAAUCUCGAAGAAGCCAAAACAAAGCUCUGGAAAUGGCGGAUGUCAAAAAUUUGAAAAGCACUCUAGUGUACGCCAUGAAAUUCGAGACAACCCGCAAGCAACUUCUAAAGACCGCCACCCAGUCAGAGUUGCUCAACUCCCGGAGCAAGUGGAUCAAGUGACUUAUCGUAUCGACGAUUUAACUAGACAAGUCAAUGCUUCGAGACGCAAUAGGAGUGACAAGAAAUCAUCCCUAAUGUACUGGAACUGCGGUGAUGACGGCCCCAUACGACGGAACUGCUGGGCACGGAAGUUAGGACCUUUAACAUUAACAGAACAAAUGAAUUUAAGUCCGUUUCCUCAACUUCAGAGCCUUUUUGCCGAAGUGGGAACCAAAAGUGAUAAAACGCGUACGCAGAGUCUUACUCCAACUACAGUGGAAGAAAUAACAAUGACUGUUCCACCUGAAACCGAAUGGGAAACAGAGUAUGUGCCAAGUACUACAAGAAUAAUAAAAACUCCUACUCCCGGGAUAUAUACUGAAAGCAUGACUCCAACAACGGUGGAUAUAGAGACGUUUCCCUUACCGAGCGUAACUGUAACUGAUACAGAGGUUCCAGAAAUUACAGAAUCAGAAUGUGUACCAAAAACAGCACAAACGUAUACGGAGCACAAGACGCCAACUACUACAGAAAGAGAGAUAAUCACAGCUACGAGUAUCCACGAUCGCAAGACAUUCCCUUCUCUUCCAACCGUAUCUGAUCACCACACACCUACGACUGUGACAUGGACAGAGGAAGUUACACCAACAACAGUCAAAUACAAAUCUGUGCCAGUUCCAAGUGACUAUUUCACCGAUGUCAUGACCCAAACCACAGAGAACGAAAUCAUUAGAGUACCAAAAACUACAAAAUGCGUGGUAACAAAAACGAUGCCUACGUCAGCUACUGAAACGUUUAUACCAACAACAGGGACAUACACGCAGCACUGGACUUCAAGUACAGUUUUCACAACUGAAAUUCCCAUUACUAGCAAAAGCGAGACUUACAGUGUUCCUGUAACAACUGAGAAAAGAACUAUUGUUCCAUCGACUCAUAGUGUGACGCAGCAUAAAACAGAUACAUCAACGAAACAUUUUACUGUUCCUAACACAGAAAGAAAAGUCACUAUGUCCUACAGCAAACCUCGUACGACUAUUCCUAAACGCAUACCUCGAACCAAACAUUCUACAGAGCAUUUAACUCCUACAACUGUGAGGACGAUCAGUAUACCAGUAAAACCGGAACGUAUUACAGAUGAAAAAACAUUAACCACUGUGCAAGUAGAUACUUUGACACCUACAAGACCCACAAUUAGUGAAGAAAUUACACUGACAACUGUUACAGAUGAAGAAACUAUAUCAAGUACAAAGUAUACUGAACAUGUUACUCCAACAACAACGUAUACGAUGAAGAUUCCACUUAGACCGAAAAUUAUCAGUGAAAGGUACAAUGUUCCAAGAACUCGAACAGAAGUCAUUACAGAAAGUCGCAAAGGAAUUCGCAUGACACAUAAACCUCCCGUAACUGAAAUUCUGACAUUCACCCCCACGUCAAAAGGAUAUGCAAGCCGUUUGACACCAACUACAGUUGAAUACUUUCAUAUACCAUUUACUCAACACACAUUCACCAUGGAACAUAGUCGGGCAACCACAUCAAAGUUCCGCUCACGACCAACCACUAAAGUCGAUGUUGAAACUAAGAAACCAACAAAAAUAAGCUUUACUAGAAUUCCAGUAGAAAGUGUAGACUUCACCGAUGUAAUGCCUUCUACAACGAUAGGUGUUAUCAUAGAGGAACCCAAAACCUCAACAGAAACGGAAGUAGCCACAUGCACUACAACAGAAGUGGUACACACUCCUACGAGAGCGACGUGUACCGACCAUAUGACUCCAUCAUCUACCCAGACUGAAAGUAUUACUAUGCCAACUGAUAAUAUUACUCUAACCAUAGACGUCACAACCGAUUACAUCGAGAAGACGCCGCCUACAGAAACACCCUACAUCGAGAAGAAGCCUCAGACUACCACAGAACGUAUAUAUAUUCCUGUAGAAAAGGAACGCAUAAAGCUGACUUAUGUUGAACCUAUUACAAAACCUCGAAAUCGUCGACCGGAUGAAAAAACAUAUACCGAGACUUUUACACCAACUACUGUUAGCUUGUACAGAGUCAACGUGACAGAAACUGUUUAUACUGACAUUAAAACACCUACAACCGUGAAUGUUACCGCCGAGGAAAUAACAACUACUGAAAUUGAAGAGACUAGAACAGUCCCGACGACAACAGAGAUUGUUAUAACACCAUCAAAAAAGGUAACAUGUGAAACUAUGACGCCUACUGUAACAAGAUCACAAACAGUUACACUUCCAACCAAACCGAUUACGUUUACGAUGCCUAUACAAACAUCCACAGAAACUAAUACGCCACAAAAGAGAACUUAUUCGCAAACAUUUACCCCUACAUCAUCUUUUCCUCACAAAUUUACCGUAACGGGUGAUAAGUGGAGAAAAACAUUCACGCCUCCAGGAACUAAAGUCGAAACUCGUACACCAGAACCGGAAACAUGUGAAGAGCACAAAACAAAAUCAACAACUGUCACAGAUAAUGUAAUACCAACUUGUAAAACUGUCAGUGAUACUGAGACUGUCAAACCGCCAACACCAAUUGUUCGAACUAUGCCAAGUAGACGAACAGUUAGCGAAUAUCGAACGAAAUCUACAACUGUCACUGAUGUUCAUACACCAGAAACUAAAACUUGCAGCGAUAUUGAGACAGUCGGAUCUACAACACCGAUUAUUCACACCCCGCCAAGUAGAAGAACAGUUAGCGAAUAUCGAACGAAAUCUACAACUGUCACUGAUGUUCACACACCAGAAAUUGAAGCGAGUACUUCAAUAAGUGCCAGUGUAAAGAAACUGAAUGAAAGUUUAUUACGAACGUCUGACUGUGGUGAUAACCGAAAUGAUGAUUCAUAUAUUUUGAUAAAUCGUAAAAUGUGGAAUCCAUUGCUAUGUAAUAUAAAGUGUGACGAGUGCUCAACCAACUCUUUAGAUAUUGUUUCGAAAGGAAUAUAUGGAUAUUCUACAAAACUUGAAUUAGUUUGUAAAAACUGUGAUAAAAUAUUUAGUUCAACAUUUUCAAGUGAGCGGGUAAAACGGUCAAAUACUUUUGAUGUGAAUACGAAACUUGUCGAAGCAUUUUUGAAAAUAGGCAAAGGCCACGCCGCCUUAGAAGUGUUUUCCAUGAUUAUGGGAAUUCAUGCUAUGGACAAAAAGACAUUUGCUAAAUGUUUACACAGUUUGUCUGAAGAAAAGGGGAAACUAAAAGGUGAUUUCCUUCAGUUUUCUCGAAAUAUUGUUCGAAACAAGCAUAAAAAAUUAAUUAAUAUAAAUAAUGAUGAGUGUAUAGAUAUCACAGUGUCGUAUGAUGGCACAUGGCAAAAACGUGGGCAGGCAUACAUCACUGUAUGGAAUAGGUAUCGUCGUAGAUGUCUUGACUGGGUUAGUUAUCGACUACGAAAUUCUGUCAAAAUAUUGUCCUGA